GCUGUACCGCCUCGCUAUCAGUCUCCAUCAUUUCUCACUAGGAACGGAGACACGGAAACGGAGCAGGGCGAAUACCAAGCUAAACUUUAUAUUAUUAGUACCGGGCACACCGCAUACUAAAGGCGCUGUGAAGAAGAAGUCAGCAUGGGGGAACAUAUUGCCGUUGUCCUGCUGAUGCUUGCCUCCACGGCAUGGUGUUUGGAGGUGCCGUCGGAUGAAGGCGGCGGUCUGCUGGCGGAGCCCCAGGUGGCCAUGUUCUGUGGGAAACUCAACAUGCACAUCAACGUCCAGACUGGCAAGUGGGAACCAGACCCCAGUGGAACCAAGAGCUGCAUCGGAACCAAGGAGGGCAUCCUGCAAUACUGCCAGGAGGUGUACCCCGAGCUGCAGAUCACCAACGUGGUGGAGGCCAACCAGCCGGUCAGCAUCCCCAACUGGUGCAAGAAGGGCCGCAAGCUGUGCCGCAGUCACCUGCACAUCGUGGUGCCCUACCGAUGCCUGGUGGGUGAGUUUGUGAGUGACGCCCUGCUGGUGCCUGACAUGUGCAAGUUCCUGCACCAGGAGCGCAUGGACAUGUGUGAGAGCCACCUGCACUGGCACACCGUGGCCAAGGAGUCCUGCGGCGACCGCACCAUGAAUCUCCAUGACUACGGCAUGCUAUUGCCGUGCGGCAUCGACCGUUUCCGCGGCGUGGAGUUUGUGUGCUGCCCCAACGAGGCGGAGCAGGAGGCCGACAGCGCUGAGCUGGAGGUGGACGACUCUGACGUGUGGUGGGGAGGCGCCGAGACCGACUAUGCUGACAACAGCAAUGCCAAAGAAGCCCAGGCUGCCGAGCGGGAACCAGAGCAGGUAGAGGAACAGCAACAGCAGCAGCAACAGCAGGAGGAGCCCAAGGAGCAGCCGGCCGUCUACACCGACGCCGAGGAGGCUCAGCAGGCCGCCCAGCCGGCCCAGGCCUCCCGCUUCGCAGAAUACGACCAGGAAGAGGAGGAGGAGGAGGAGGAGGAGGAGUACGGACAGGAGGAGGCCGCGGCCGAGGAGGUGCAGGAGGAGGACGAUGAUGAAGAGGAUGCGGAUCAGGACGGGGACGGACAGGAGGACGACGAGGAGGACGACGAGGAUGUCGCUGACGACAAUGAGCCCACCACUAGUGUCGCCAUGACCACCACCACUACCACCACCACCGAGUCCGUGGAGGAGGUCGUCAAAGAGGUGUGCCUGUCGGAGGCGGAGACUGGCCCGUGCCGCGCCAUGCUGCCGCGCUGGUACUUUGUGGGCGCGGAGGGCAAGUGCGUGCCCUUCAUCUACGGAGGCUGCGGAGGCAACCGCAACAACUUUGAGUCUGAGGAGUACUGCCUGUCUGUCUGCAGCAGUCUGCUGCCCACCACCGCCCCUGCCACCCCUGAUGCCGUGGACCACUACCUGGAGAUGCCCGGUGACGAGAACGAGCACGCUCACUUCCAGAAGGCCAAGGAGAGCCUGGAGGCCAAGCACCGCGAGAAGAUGAGCCAGGUUAUGAGACAGUGGGAGGAGGCAGAGAGGCAAGCUAAGAGUCUGCCACGUGCCGACAAGAAGGCAGUUAUCCAGCGCUACCAGGAGAAGGUGGAGGCCCUGGAGCAGGAAGCGGCUCGUGAGCGCCAGCAGCUGGUGGAGACCCACAUGGCCCGCGUGGAGGCCCUGCUCAACGACCGCCGUCGCCUGGCCCUCGAGAGCUACCUGACCGCCCUGCAGGCUGAGCCACCCAGGCCUCGUCACGUGUUCAGCCUCCUGAAGAAGUACGUGCGUGCGGAGCAGAAGGAUCGUCAGCACACUCUCAAGCACUUUGAGCACGUCCGCAUGGUGGACCCCAAGAAGGCCGCUCAGAUCAGGCCCCAGGUUCUGACCCACCUGCGUGUGAUUGAGGAGCGCAUGAACCAGUCCCUGGGCCUGCUCUACAAGGUGCCUGGCGUGGCCGACGAAAUCAAGGACCAAGUUGAGCUCCUCCAGCGCGAGCAGCAGGAGAUGUCGGUGCAGCUGUCCUCGCUGCAGACGGACGUGCGCGUGAGCUACGGCAACGACGCCCUGAUGCCCGAGCUGCCCGAGAGCACGGCCCCACAGGAGACACUGCCCCCGGUGGAGGGAGGACUCCUGGACGGCGCUGGAUUUGUCCACCCGGAGAGCUUCAACCAGGCCAACACCCUCAACGAAGUUGAACCCGUAGAUGCUCGUCCCAUGCCAGACAGAGGACUUCCCACACGGCCAGGCACAGGGUUGAAGCUGGGAGAGAUCCCUGAGCUGAAGAUGGAGGCUGAGGAGAGGCACAGCGCCGGCUUUAUUCACCACCAAAAACUGGUGUUCUUCGCUGAGGAUGUGGGACCCAACAAGGGUGCCAUCAUCGGCCUGAUGGUGGGAGGUGUUGUCAUAGCAACCAUCAUCGUCAUCACCCUGGUGAUGCUGAGGAAGAAGCAGUACACCUCCAUUCACCACGGAGUCAUCGAGGUGGAUGCUGCCGUGACCCCAGAGGAGCGUCACUUGACCAAGAUGCAGCAGAACGGCUAUGAGAACCCCACCUACAAGUUCUUCGAGCAGAUGCAGAAUUAAAGGGGGCUCUCCAAGGGGGGGACACUCCUCUCUAAACCACCUUCUCCCUCCCCCUUCAUAACUCCAGCAGCCAUGACCACCC